UGCAACCGACUGCAAAGAUUAGAGUGAACUAUGUGCUUGGAACAAGCAAGUUGGCUUUAAUCCAUUACAUUUCAGUAUUAAAACACAACUUUACCCAAGGAUCUGUAAGUGUAUGAACUGGCUGCUGUCUUACAAACAUGGAUACUUCAUGGCUAUGGACGCUGUUUUUGGCAGUAUUACUCUCCUAUAUAUACUCAUUAUGGAAAAGAACCUACAAGAAAAGCAAUCUCCCCCCAGGUCCAACCCCUCUCCCCAUCAUUGGAAACUUACUGCAUGUAAAGAGGGGGGAACUUGUAAAGUCUUUGAUGAAACUGUGGAAAACAUAUGGCUCUGUGUAUACACUUUACUUUGGGUCAAAACCUGUAGUUAUAAUUUGUGGCCACCAAACCGUGAAAGAAGCUCUUGUUGAUCAAGCUGACGACUUCAGUGGACGGGGAAAGAUGCCUACUGUGGACAGAAUUCUUCAAGGUUAUGGAGUUAUAAUGGCUAAUGGAGAGCGCUGGAAACAGCUACGUCGUUUUACUAUUACAACCUUAAGGAAUUUCGGUAUGGGGAAGCGGAGCAUUGAAGAAAGAAUACAGGAGGAGGCCCAGAGUCUGGUAGAGGCUAUUCGAAAAUGUGAACAGCGGCCAUUUAAUCCAACAAACCUUUUGGUUCAAGCUGUGUCCAAUGUGAUCUGCUCUGUGGUGUUUGGAAAACGGUUUGAGUAUGAAGAUGUUGAGUUUCUAAAACUUCUGAACCUGCUUAAUGAGUCCUUUAUACAUUUCAGCUCUACGUGGGGACAGCUGCAAGAAAUGCUGCCCAAAAUUAUGGAUCACAUUCCGGGACCUCAUCAUAAGGUUGAUGCCAUCCUAAAUAUGUUUGUUCAGUUUGUUGAGGAGAGAGCAAAGGAAAAUGAGAAAACUCUGGAUCCAACAUCACCCCGUGAUUACAUAGACUGCUUUCUUAUCAAAAUGAAACAGGAUAAACAAAACCCAGCUUCUGAAUUUGGCAUGAAGAACCUUGUAAUGUCUACCACAAGCCUAUUCUUUGCUGGAACAGAGACGGUCAGCAGCACCUUAAGACAUGGGUUACUCAUUCUUCUCAAGUAUCCAGAAAUUGAAGCGAAAAUUCAUGAGGAAAUAGACCGUGUGAUUGGCCAGAACCGCAACCCAACCAUCGAUGACCGAAACAAGAUGCCAUAUACAGAUGCUGUAAUACAUGAGAUUCAAAGAUUUAGUGAUGUUAUUCCGAUGAGUGUCCCUCACUGCGUCACAAGGGACACCACGUUCCAUGGCUACACCAUACCCGCGGGAACUGAUGUCUUACCAUUGUUGUGUACUGUUCUCCGGGAUCCAACCCAAUUUGCUACGCCUGAAAAAUUUAACCCUGGACACUUUCUGGACAGUAACGGAUGCUUUAAGAAAAGUGAUGCAUUUGUGCCAUUUUCUACAGGAAAACGCAUCUGCGCUGGGGAAGGUCUAGCUAAAAUGGAACUUUUCUUGUUCUUCACUUACAUCCUCCAGAAUUUUAAGCUGUCCUCAAAAACCCAAUUCACAGACGAUUAUAUCAAGCCUCAAAUGACUGGAUUUUCCAAUGUUCCAAAACCAUACGAGUUAUCAUUUAUAUCUCGAAUUUAAAAACACCUAAUAAAACUACAAGAUAAAUAUAUGUGAUAAUUACUAGGGAUGGGCGAAUGUGUUUAUAUUCAAAUUUGAAUGUUAGAACGAAUGUUAUUGUAGAAAUUCGAUUUACAUAAUAGAAUGUUGAUAAGAACGAAUAUUCUUAAAAAUUCGAUUUUUAAAUGUUAUUUAGAGUUUUCGAAUGUCACAUUCGAAUUCGAAUGUCACAUUCGAAUAUUACAUUUAUAAAACACAAUUGUAGACUAGAAACACUAUUUCGAAUUUGAAUAUCACAUUCAAAUCGAAUAUCACAUUCGAAUUUGAAUAUUACAUUUAUAAAACACAGUAUUAGACUAGAAAUACUAUUUUGAAUUUGAAUGUCACAUUUGAAUCGAAUAUCACAUUCGAAUCGAAUAUCACUUUUAUUAAACACAGUUGUAAACUAGAAAUACUAUUUUGAAUUCGAAUGUCACAUUUGAAUUCGAAUAUUACAUUUAAAACACAGUAUUAGACUAGAAAUACUAUUUAGAAUUUUAAUGUCACAUUCGAAUUCGAAUAUUACAUUUUGAAAUUGAAUGAAUACAUAGCUAAACAUUCUAUUAUUCUAACGAAUAUUUUAAAUUUAAAAAAAAAAAAAAACGAAAGUUAGAAAAUAGAAUGUUAUAUAAACAUUCGAAAUUCAUUUCAAACGAACGUAUAAAAAUAAUUACACGUGAUGGUACAUACAUUUUAUGGAGAGAGCCCAGAUCCAUUCACAAUGCAGUAUCAAAAACUAGGUAUAGGCGCAGACCCUCAAAAAACAAUAAAUAUAUUUAAAAAGAGAGCGAUAACAGAAUUAACACUAAUAUUCUGAAAAAGAGAGCUUAUUUAGCACUCUUUUAAAUAAAUAGCUUUAUUAGUACAAAAGGUACAAAACAAUAGAUUACGAGUGGAGCGCUAACAGUUACAAGCGAGCGAUAAGGGGGUUGUCGUGGGCGCGCUCAUCGGUUUACCGCUGGUAUCACAAGUUGAAAGUAAAUGCAAUCGUUUGAGAACAAUCCCAAUUUAUGCUAGAAUGAUUACCACAACCUUGGAGCUCUGGUUAACUGUUUUGUGAAACAAAAACGUGUCACAAAACACAUUAAAAAAACAUUAUAAAAUAGUUACACUCAUAAUAACACUAUCUAAUAAAAAUUAGUAAAAGGAAUAUUGCAGAAAAUGUUAUAAGUUCUCACAGAUAUGAGGUCUCAGGUGCUGGAAAUAAAGGAAGGCAGAUGUUUUUAACUUAGAGAAACAUUCAUGUAUA